CGGUUCCUGGAAGGCACAGGUGCGACUAUCUCGUUCUUCGCUCAGCCUGCGUUGUAGUUCCGCACAGCCCGUGACCCGGCUUCGCAGACAACAUGUACAGUUCAUCGAAUUUCAUAUUUACUCAAGUUCUGGACGCUAGCCAGAAGACCGCCCCCUACCGGCUAAACCUGAACUAUGGCUUCGUCCUAGGCCAAGAGGUGACCAUCACUGGAAUCCCAUCUUUCGGUGGUGAAAGGUUCAGUGUGGACUUCGUGUCGCAGUCGUUCAACAACCAGGACGUGGCCUUCCACUUGAACCCUCGCUUCGGCGCGGGAGUCGUGGUGAGGAACUCGCAGUUGAGCGGCUGCUGGGGCCACGAGGAGCGCGACGGCGGCCUGCCGCUCCGCCAGGGGCAGACCUUCACCCUCAACUUCCGGAGCGAGCACGACGGCAUCCGGGUUCAUAUAAACGGCGCCUUCUUCACUCUCUUUCGCCAUCGCCAAGCCGCUGACCUUAUCAGUCACAUCGUCGUCAAUGGACCAGUUUCCAUCACCACGCUGACGUACCAAGCUAAUGCACCAGGAUCAGGGCCGGGAUCCAAGCCGGGGUACAACAUCCCUCUGCAGAAUGGCUUCUCGACCGGCUGCGAGCUAACAGUGGUGGGGACAACCCAAUCCUUCAUGGACCGGUUCCAAGUGAACCUCCAGAGCGGGCCGGGGCCUCACGCCGCCAAGCUGCUGCACGUGGCGCCUCGCUUCAGGGAGGGCGCAGUGGUGCGCAACUCCUGCCUCGGCGGCGUCUGGGGAAGCGAGGAGAGGGGCGGCGGGCUGCCCAUCAGCGCCGGCUCCACCUUCACGCUGUUCGUGCGCUGCGAGCACCAUGGGUUCAAUAUCCAUGUGAAUGGUAGCCCGCUAACGUUCUUCGCUCAUCGUCAAAGCCCUCACAGUAUCAGACAUCUGGAAAUAAUGGAAGGUGCUAUCGUCAACUCCGUGUCUUACCACAGCAGACUGAUGUGAACGUUGUUUGAAGUGGAAUGGAGUAGAAGAAAGAUUUACGUUAUUGUAACACAAUUUAAUGUCGAAAAAUAGUCAACAAUGUAUUUGUAUCCUGAAUUUACAGGAUGUUAAAAUAUCAUAUGGAGGAAAAUGAUUGAAAUAAAUAAUAUAUGUCUAAUUAUA